GUACAAAAUCCCGCAUAACUGGCCACAGCUCGUGUUUGACUCAUGUCUUGAGUCCCAAAAAAGGGUGUCUUUUCGGGUCUCAGCGUGUGAGCUGAAGCGCAACUUUAAUACGAUUUAUUCAAGUACUUUUAAAUAAUUCUCAUAGGGUUUAAUACAUGUUUGAUCUGUUUCUUUUGGUGUUUUUUUCUUUUCUCAGCUACAGUAUGGCACAGUCGACAGAUGAAAUGUCACUGCAGAUGGUAUCAGCCGUCAGUAACUCAUCCUUGCUUCAGCCGGGCUUCUCUCUCCUGAAUUUUGAUGGGCAUGUUCUCUUUUUUGGGCAGAAAGGAUGGCCAAAGAGAUCCUGCCCCACUGGUGUUUUCCUCCUCGAUAUAAAGCAGAAUGAGCUCAAAAUGAAACCUGCCGCCUUCUCUAAAGACUCAUGUUACCUUCCCCCUCUCCGCUACCCUGCUCUUUGCACACUCAGAAGCAAUGCAAAGUCUGAUGAGUAUCAGUACAUCAUCCAUGGUGGUAAAACACCUAACAAUGACCUCUCUGAUAAGACUUACUUUAUAAGUCUGGUAAGCAAAAGCAGCAAGAAAAUGACGUUCCAAUGCAUUGAGAAAGACCUGGGUGGAGAUGUCCCUGAAGCUAGAUAUGGGCAUACAAUUAAUGUAGUUCAUAGCCGGGGAAAAAGCGUGAGUGUUAUAUUUGGAGGGAGAUCGUAUACCCCUCUUGAACAAAGAACCACUGAAAAAUGGAACAGCGUAGUCGACUGUUUACCAUCUGUGUUUCUUGUUGAUUUUGACUUUGGAUGCUGUACAUCAUACAUGCUUCCAGAGCUUCAAGAUGGACUUUCUUUCCAUGUUUCAAUUGCCAGAGAUGAUACGAUCUACAUUUUGGGAGGCCAUUCACUUCAAAAUAACACCAGGUGCCCCAACUUGUACAAGCUAAAAGUUGAUCUCCCACUGGGCAGCCCAGCUGUGACCUGCACCAUCUUGCCAGGGGGGAUAUCAGUGUCAAGUGCUAUAGUGACUCAAAUCAGUGAUACUGAAUUUGUCCUUGUCGGUGGCUACCACUCUGACAACCAGAAACGGUUGGUGUGUAACACCAUAGUUCUGGAGGAUAGUAAGAUAGAGAUUGUUGAAAGGGAGAGCCCAGAGUGGACACCAGAUAUUAAACACUGCAGAAUAUGGUUUGGCUGUGAUAUGGGCAAAGGGUCUGUAUUGCUGGGCAUUCCAGGGGCCAACAAACAGUUAAUCUCAGAUGCAAACUACUUCUACAUUUUGAGAUGCAAAGGAGAAGAGGACAAGGAAGAAGAAUUGACAACACAAAUUUGCAGUCAGACAUCAAGCGAAGAUCCUGGAGAUUCCACUCCAUUUGAAGACUCGGAGGAGUUUUGCUUUAGUGCUGAAGCCAGUAGCUUUGACAUUGAGGAUACUGACACUUAUAAUGAGGAUGAUGAAGAAGAUGAAUCAGAAACGGGCUACUGGAUCACCUGCUGUGCCAGUUGCAAUAUUGACAUUAACUCCUGGGUCCCUUUCUAUUCGACAGAACUCAACAAGCCUGCAAUGAUCCUGUGUUCCAGCGGGACAGGCCACUGGGUCCACGCACAAUGUAUGGAUCUCUCAGAGACCAUGCUUCUACGUCUCUCAGAAGCAAAUGUCAAGUACUUCUGCAACAAGCACGUCGACCUUAAUAAAGGGCUACAAACUCCCCCAAAGGUGAUGCGCCUGAAAAAGCAACCCAUGAAACCAUUGCGCAAAAAGAAAACCAUGAAGUUAGCAACGUCCACAAAAAAGUCCUUUCUUCGGAGAUUGUUUGAAUAGAUUUACACUGCUGAUUUGUAUUCACCUGGGAGCAAAAGAAAUCACAUUCAAAGACAGUAAUGGUUGAAGCAGGGUGGGUUAUUGGAACUUGGAGAGAUCUUUUUAUUUCAAUUAUCUCAAUAUUUCUCUUAAAUUUCAAAGCUCAUUAAUUUAUUCUGUCUCUGAUGUGUAUUUUUGUAAUCUCCAGAUAGGAACCCCAUUGUAGAGGGAAUUGUGCAAACACACAGUCAGAUACUGGUAACCGUAUGCUGUAUUUUAUGCCAUAACUUACACCCCAGUAAGUUUAAUGGAACUGCUGGUAGGAUGAGACAUUAUCCCAUGUACUCAGUACUGUUAACUUCUGUCCAUAAAGAACAUUAUGUUACCCAUUUUACUUUUUUAUCUUAGUAGUUCUAGAAAUAUUUCACCUAAUUUUAGCUGCAUUAGUCCAACUUUAUGGUGGUGUGAUGAAGUAAAAUGAGAUGAAUUACUCUGGUUUUUAAAAAAAGCAGUGGCAUAAGUCCCUUGUGUCAGAAAUAAUGAAAUAUUCAGACAAUGAGGGUCAGUUUU